CAAACAAAAGAUGUGGAAGAUAUUUACAAGAAGGGCAUUUUCAAUCAUCACUUGAAGAACUUCAUCCACCACUACAAGGACUUCUUAUCAAGAUAUUUGAAAUUAAGGCAGGCCAUCGAGACGAAAGACAAGUCAUUCCAGCAAAAUUUCCUGUUGGCCUCGAUUCUAAUACCUAUGGCUGAUUUGAAGAUAAUUGCUUUGCCCAAGAAGAAGCUUAACAAUACUCUACCUGUUUCCGAAAGUAUCGUCAGAGAAGGCCUGAAAUUCAAUAAGGCCUCUUCUAUAGUUGUAGCCAGAUGUGUUGAGAACAUUGCAGCCUACAACAGCAUGGUUGAAAAAUAUCUACAAUCUGGUGAUUUGAAAAGGUCAGAAGUGGGUACAUUUUUAAGAGAGCUAAGAGGAGAUUGGGAGAUU